AGUUAAAAUAGCUGGGAAAUCAGUUUCAAAAAUUUCUUUGCAUUAUAAGAUUUGAAAACUGGCAACGAAGAGGGAGCGGAAAAGUAAUAGAGAGAAAGAGAGCGGAAGAGAACGAAGAGAACAAAAAUGCAAUGCAAAUGAGAAACAAUUCCAAAAAUUCGCCCUUAAAAUUUUCGGCCAAGCGCAUUCCAAAUUGUUAGUUAAAAAAGUCUUAAAAAAAAGUCGGAGCAAAGAGAGGGAAGUGAGGAAGGAGGAAGGAGCAGCCAGAGAAUGCGAGAGAUAGUCACGCUGCAGAUCGGUGGUGCCGGCAAUGCAAUUGGUGAUGCGUUCUGGCAUGUGAUCUCACAUGAGCAUGGCGUGGACUAUGCAACCGGACGCUUUGGCGGCACCAGUUCGCUGCAGCUGGAGCGCAUCAAUGUGUUCUUCAAUGCCACCGCCAGCAAGCGUCUCUAUGCCCGGACCAUCAUCAUCGACACGGAGGCGAGCACCAUACAGCGUCUCAACUCGAGCAGUCAACUGUAUCGGCCGGAGAACAUGGUCGCCGGAUCGGAGAGCGCUGGUAAUAAUUUCGCCCGUGGCUAUCACACGGAUGGGGCCGAGAUCCUUGACCAGGUGCUGGACAAUACGAGACGCGAGGUCGAGUCGGUGGAUUCAUUUCAGGGCUUUCAAUUGCUGCACUCCAUUGGCGGCGGCACCGGCUCCGGUUUGACAUCGCUGAUCAUGGAGGCGCUCGUCGAACAAUAUCCGGAUAAUUUGCUCUGCAAUUAUGUGACCAUACCAUCGCCGAAUAUGUCGCAGGUGGUGGUGGAGCCGUACAAUGCGCUGCUUAGCAUUCCGGCGUUGGUCAACAAUUCGCAUUUGACAUUUUGCUUGGACAACGAGGCCUUGUUUCAGAUCUGCAAUCGCAAUCUCAAGAUCCAAAUGUCCGGCUACGAGCACAUCAAUCACAUCGUUGCCCUCACCAUGUCGGGUAUAACGACUUGUUUGCGCUUUCCCGGACAAUUGAAUGCCGGUCUGCGUAAGAUCUAUGUGAACAUGGUGCCAUUUCCUCGUCUGCACUUUCUGAUACCCGGCUUUGCGCCGCUCGUCACCUGCAAGCAGCAACAGUUUAGCAAGGGCACCGUUUCGGAGCUAGUGCAGCAGAUCUUCUCGAGCAACAAUUUGCUGUGUGCCAUCGAUUUACGCAAAGGCAAACUUCUAACGGCCGCCGGCAUCUUUCGUGGUCGCAUGUCACCUCGCGAGGUGGAUCAAUUGAUGACGGGCGUGAGGAAUAAAAAUCUGCAUAAUUUCGUCGACUGGAUACCGAACAAUAUUAAGACAGCGAUCUGUGAUAUUCCACCGCGUGGCUUAAAGAUGUCAGCCACGUUUAUUGGCAAUACGACGGCCAUACAAUCGUUAUUCCAGCGACUGCUCGAUGGGUCGAGUAUUAUGCUUAGGCGCAAGGCCCAUUUGCAUUGGUAUACGGGGGAGGGCAUGGAGGAGCAGGAGUUCAUCGAUGCCCAGGAAGAGUUGCAGGCCAUCAUCGAUGAUUAUCGCGGCAGUGCGGUCGAUAGCGAUCGACAUGGUGGAAGUCGCAGUGCCGAUGGCGAUGAGGAUGAUGUGGAAUCUGGUUCUGGACAACAAUGUCGCUAUUGCGCCGACAACUAAAUUUGCCUAGGCCUAGAGCCUAGGUCAAAUCUGUCGGAUCUGUUAAACUUGAAAGGCUGCCAGCUGGCAUUUUCUCAUUGGAUUACUUAUUUAUAGGCGCGGCUGGCUGGCUGGCCAAAGUUCGUUGCGUUUAGAGUUCAGCGGACUUGUCGUCCCAUCUUCAGAGGCGACUGCCGCUUGGCAAAAAGGUGCUGCCCAUCGUUGCCAAACUAUUAAUAAAAAUCGCGCAUAAAUGCAACCCGGCAAA